ACAUUGGACCAUUAUUAUACCAAUCCUUGAUAAAUAAUUAUACACGCUUACCACAAAACAAAAAGGCCGAUUGAUAAUACUGUACGGUACGCGAUCGAUCAGUAUGGUUGUGCUAGACGAAACAAGUGCAACUAAAGUGCAAUGACUAAUGAUUGAGAUAUCAGCUGCAUCUAAUACUUUGUUUCUAACGGUGCACUGCGAUCAGCUGCGGUUUCCUCUGUGAGAACUCUAUGAACGUUCAGUUCUAUUGAUGUAAACGAACUUAAGAUCGAUGACAUUGUAACUACUUUUUCGCAAAUUCACCAUAUAAAAGCUCUACCCAAUCAUUACAGAAGUCAGUUUGGAAACAUUCGUCGUAUCCACAACUUGCUUUGAAUUCGAUCUGCUCUGAUCAAUCUCAUCCAAUCGAAAUACUCAAGAUGACCGACUGGAAAACUGGAUUCAUGUGCCUGAUGACCCGGCCUCGGGAACCACUGUUCUAUCCCAAGUAUGGAGGCCAAACGUUCAUGGUACUACCGGAACAUUUCUUCACGGAUCGUUACCGACCACUUGCUCCAAUAAUCAAUGAUCGCUUUGGAUCUGCCCCGAACCAUGUGGUUGUAAGAUCGAUUGACCCACCGGAUUUUACCUAUGCCAUGGAGAUUCCCCGUAACGGCAAUUACAACCAGUUUAGUCCGAAGCAUCGCAACAUCGCCGGUAAAUUGGUGCAAGAUUUCAUGAACGCCCCGGAUCCGGAAAUCUUACUUUCGAUGGCUUCUUAUGGCAGGGAUCGGUUGAACCCACUGCUGUUCCAGUAUGCGUUGACGGUCGCUUUGCUUCAUCGAAAAGAUACGCAGGAUGUUCCAGUGCUCUCACUAUUGGAAACCUUCCCGAAGCGAUUCGUUGAUCCAUUAUUGUUCCCACAGUUGGAGGAAGAAGGAUUCGUGGUUGAUCAGCCACAGCGAGUAGCGAUCGAGAUUCCCAUGGUUUACACGGCAUCCGAGGAGUUGCUGGAACAACGGUUGGCUUAUUUCCGAGAAGAUAUCGGAAUCAAUCUGCACCAUUGGCACUGGCAUAUCAUCUAUCCGAUGGAGGGCCCAAUCGAAAUUGUCCGCAAAGAUAGGCGUGGUGAACUGUUCUACUACAUGCAUCGUCAGAUUUUGGUGCGCUACAUUGCAGAACGUUUUUGCCAUCUUAUGCCGGCGCCGACUUCUCUGGAUAAUCUACGAGAGCCCAUCCCGGAGGCAUACUUCCCUAAGCUUCUGAACAGUGCACUGAACAGGACGUAUUCGGGCAGGCACGAGAAUGCCGUAAUGACUCAUGUGAACAGACCAGAGGAUGAGGAUUCUGUGGCAACCGUUUUGGAAAUAGAAAACUGGAUAACCCGUUUCAAGGAAGCCAUCACCCAUGGUUAUGUUGUAGGGGAAGAUGGUCAGCGCAUUCCGCUGGAAGAUUCAACCGGUAUCGAUCUGCUGGGCAAUGUGAUGGAAAAUUCACUCCUAUCGCCGAACAUUCCGCACUACGGCAAUAUCCACUCCAUGCUACACUCCCUUAUCGGCUUUGUGCACGAUCCGGACAAUAAAUAUCUUGAAGGAGUGGGGGUGAUUGGCGACAUCGCAACAUCCAUUCGCGAUCCCAUUUUCUACCGACUGCAUACGUUUGUGGACGAUCUGUUCGAAGACUACAAAAAGAAACUUGCACCAUACACGACCAAAGAGCUUGGAUAUCCAGGAGUUACCAUUGAGGAUGUUUCCGUGCAAGACGUCAACGGGAAAGCCGCAGUAAAUCGUUUGCUUACGUUCUGGCAACGAUCGCAAGUAGAUCUUGGAGUUGGUCUAGAUUUUGGACCUACUGGACAUGUGCUGGCCACUUUCACGCAUUUGCAGCAUGCUCCGUUUGUCUACCGGAUCAAUGUUAUGAACGACGCUCAACGGGUUCGUCGAGGAACCGUCCGAAUCUUCCUUGCUCCUAUCUACAAUGGAUCCGGAGAACCUCUUUCGUUCAAUCAACAGCGUCGCUAUGUCAUUGAACUAGAUAAAUUCACCGUAACUUUGACUCCUGGUAUGAACAACAUAGUCCGUCGUUCAGAAGACUCCAGCGUUACAAUUCCCUUCGAAAGAACUUUCCGCCGACAGGAUAUCUCCACAAUGCCAGGCACCAAGAGCUAUCGCUUCUGCAAUUGCGGCUGGCCCGACCACAUGCUCAUUCCGCAAGGUUCCCCCCAUGGACUGCCGUACGAUCUGUUUGUCAUGGUUUCGGAUUUCAAACAGGAUGCUGUCAACGUUGACUUCGAUGAGAAUCUGGACUGCAACGACUCUCACUCUUACUGUGGCUUGCGGGAUAAGUUCUACCCCGAUCGUCGUGCUAUGGGCUUCCCGUUCGAUAGGACUGUGCCGAAGGAAAUCACCCACAUGGAGGCCUUCACAGGUUCUUUCUCCAACAUGAAACGGACGGUUGUGGAAAUUCGGUUCACAAAUACCACCAUUUCCAAAGUUUGAUACUUGGGGUUGAUAGGAUCGACGUUGCACGCUGUGUUUUAAGACAUAUUUGGCCUGUUCUUUGGUUUACGAUUUUUGGAAGAAUAAAAUUUAAAUUUGAAGCAAAAGA